AUGUAUAACCACCAGCAAGCACCGAUCCCGCACACGGAACUCACAGGAGACAUGUUCGAGACUCCCUCUAGCACAAUAGCCGCCGAAUACCGUAUACGCGGCGAACCCAACCAACUGCUCAAGGAUCCAGAUAUAGAAGAAGAUGUCGUCUAUCGCAUAACACCAGAAAGCAAGAUAACGCAGAGUCUGCUGGAAAUAUGCGCAAAACAAUUCUUGUCCGAGUAUGGCGCAUGGAGUGGAAUGGCUGCGUUGAAAGCAAAGUGUCUACCGGAUGGUGCAAACAAUGUUCUGAUCACGGCAGUGGCCAGGGGUCGCAAGCACAUUGGCCACUGCUUCGUAAGUCAGUGGAUACACAUGGAUCGCCGCAUCUGGUGGGUCACGCAACUGCUGGUAGUGAAUGGCUAUCGUAGCCAAAAACGCGCUACAAGGAUGCUAAGAGUCUUGACUGAACACUACGACAUAGGCAAGCUCGCCUCACAGACAGACUACGUAGGAGUAAUCAGCGCACAUCCAUACGCCAUCUGUACCGUACUCCGAGUCUUCGGUCGCGGUAUCGAACGCUUGCCUUCGAAACCGGAUUGGGAGAAAAGGUGGGAGGAUAUCGCACCUCUUACACCAUUUCCGACGCCAGUAUGCGUCUAUAUAAUGGGUACCGCCCCGCUCAAGUACCUCAACACUGCCAAAGUAUUACCAGGGACCUUGUCUGCGAGGACAAAUUUCUAUCUCGACUCUAGGGUAGCGAAAGAGGCCGUAGAAAGGAUCGUCCACUCUAUGAACAGACAGAUUGUAGAGCCUUGGGAGUGGCUUUUCGGUAAUUUGGAGCAAGGAUGUGAAUACGUGUGUGGUCUUAGCUAUCGGUAUGAUCCGGAGUACACGUUAGUGCCGAAGACAUGCAAUGCUUUGCGUUCCAACAGAAAUCACGACGAUGAAGGCGGAGUGAACACCUCCACGUCUUCUUCGUCUACGUACACUGACGCUAGGACGUUUUUUGGUGACCCGUCACCCUCUAUACCGUAUGCCGACAUCGAUAGCUAUCUAUUCGACGUCCCAUUCAGAUGCAUUCUCGAACCAAGCCUUAGCCGUGUCCAUGCCAACCUGGUGGGCACUAAACGCAAGCGCAUCCACGAAGCAAAGGAACUGAUUGCAAAACAAAGAUCCAUGCUAUCCAUCAUCAUGGGCGGAAAGCCGAUUCCUCCCUGCCUCCGAGAAGCUUACCAGGUAAAGACGAGGAGGUACCCACUGCCUGACCACAUAAAGAGCUGGGCUGCCUUUACCGAAUACAUGUUCGAAUGCUUUCCCAACGACAUCAACGUCACUCCCCGGGUACUGAUCCUCCAAGCCAUCCACUUCCAAGAAUUGCUAGAUGAGCAUGAGAAAGCAGGAGGAAAUGGAGGAAAAAAGGAGACGAAAGAAGAGAUAACAAGAACAAUGGAACCCGGCGAAACUCCCAGCGAGAUACAGAUCGAACUCCAGGGGCGCCAAAACACCAAGCCAACUCCCCAUAUCUACAAACGCAGACACGCCUCCUAA